AUGUCUCACAAAAAGGAUAUAGAAGCUUUAAACUGGACCCUCCAGGACUUGCGAGAUAGUACAGAUAUAAUGGGAGGCAUGGUAGUUUUAUUGGCUGGUGAUUUCCGUCAAACCCUCCCAGUGAUUCAAAGGGGGACACCAGCAGAUGAAAUUCAAGCGUGCAUUAAAUCAUCAAGCUUAUGGCCGACAGUUGAAAAACUCCGCCUGAAAACGAAUAUGAGAGUGCAUCUUCAUAAUGACGGGGAUUCAGGACUUUACCCAGAAAUGUUGUUGAAAAUUGGUGAUGGUAGUUUAGAUGUUGACGCUGAAGGCUACAUAUCACUGUCAAGAGAAUUUUGUAAUUUAGUAGAAAGUGAUGUGGAUCUCAUUGCUUAUGUUUUUCCGGAAUUGCAACAAAAUUUGUGUAGUGAUCAGUGGUUGUGUGCAAGAGCAAUAUUAGCACCAAGAAAUGAAAUUGUAAAUAGGAUCAACACUGACAUUUUAAACGAGGUUCAAGGAGAAAUGAAGGAAUAUUUGUCAAUGGAUACAAUUAUGAAUACGGAACUAAGUACUUCAUAUCCUGUGGAGUUUUUAAAUUCACUUGAACUAUCGGGUGUACAGUCACAUAAGCUUCAAUUGAAACUAAAUGUACCAAUAAUGCUUAUGCGAAAUCUAGAUGCUCCUCGGCUAUGUAAUGGAACAAAGCUUCGGAUAACAAAAUUGGUGCUACUAUUUUAA